CAAUCAUACCAAGGUUCGUAAAUGAAGUCCCGGUCAAUGUCUUAAACGCCCAAAGCAGCUGAGGAUUCUCUCGUGAUCGAAUCUCAAAAGUUUUGUCGUGAAUCUCCGUAAUCUUGUUUUGGUUGCUUCUUCUCUACAAUCCAUUUAGAUCUCUAGAAUCCUCGUCCUAUUCUCAUCGAGGUAUACUGUUGUUGAUUUCAAGUGUUGCCGCAAGAUGUAUCGUUACUUGAGUGAAUUGUAUCAAAAUAAUGUGAAUUCUAGCGGAGCAGAUCUGCUGAGUGCCAUUGUGCCUUUGAUGAAACUUCUCUCCCUCACCAUUAUAGGAUUGGUUAUUGCACACCCCAGAACCCAAAUCAUCCCAAAGGCAACAUUCAAGCUAUUGAGUAAGCUUGUUUUUGCCCUGUUUUUGCCCUGUCUUAUAUUUACUGAGCUGGGUGAAAGCAUUACAUUGGAAAGCAUUGCUCAAUGGUGGUUUAUCCCAGUUAAUGUGUUGGUUAGUACAAUCAUUGGCUGCCUCCUUGGGUGUUUAGUGGUGGCUAUAUGCCGCCCACCUCCAGAGUUCAAUAGAUUUACAAUAAUCAUGACUGCCUUUGGAAAUACUGGAAAUCUACCCCUUGCCGUUGUUGGAUCUGUGUGUCAUACUGCCAAUAAUCCGUUUGGACCCCAUUGCCACUCUAGAGGUGUAGCUUAUGUCUCUUUUGCUCAAUGGGUUGCUGUGAUUCUUGUUUAUACUCUUGUUUAUCAUAUGAUGGAGCCUCCGUUGGAGUAUUAUGAAGUUGUUGAAGAAGGGGUUGAGAUUGAGGAGCAGCUGCCCGUUAAUGUUAAUGAUAUAAGCAGGCCUCUCCUUGUAGAAGCUGAAUGGCCUGGAAUGGAGGAUAAAGAAACUGAACAUUCCAAAACACCCUUUAUUGCAAGGAUUUUUAACAAUGUCUCAAAUCUUUCACAGACCUCUAUCCCUGACCUAGAACAUUCAGCAGACGGUGGUGGGAACAGUCCCAGGUCGAUUAGGUGUUUGGCUGAGCCCAGAGUAGUCAGGCGGAUGAGGAUUGUUGCUGAACAAACUCCAAUACGGCACAUACUUCAACCCCCAACAAUUGCUUCUCUACUAGCUAUCAUUAUUGGAAUGGUGCCUCGAGCAAAAGCUUUUUUCUUUGGAUAUGAUGCUCCGUUAUCCUUUAUCACAGACAGUUUGGAGAUUCUUGGUGGUGCAAUGGUGCCUUCUGUGAUGCUUAUUCUUGGAGGUAUGCUUGCUGAGGGGCCAAAUGAUUCUAUGCUUGGACUUCGAACUACAAUUGGCAUAAUUGUGGCAAGGCUCUUGGCGCUUCCUUUAUUUGGCAUAGGGAUUGUUGCGGCGGCAGAUAAACUAAAUUUUAUUGUACAAGGUGACACAAUGUACAUAUUUGUGCUAUUGCUUCAGUACACAACGCCAAGUGCCAUUCUACUAGGAGCAAUUGCAAGCUUGAGAGGUUAUGCGGUCCGCGAGGCUUCAGCACUUCUCUUCUGGCAGCAUGUUUUUGCACUCUUCUCCCUGUCCCUGUACAUUGUUAUCUAUUUCAAAGUUAUGAUUUACAUCUGAGGUAAACUUCCUUCCUUGAAGCCCCAUCUGCCAGAUGAUUGGACUGAUUGGUGGGCAAAUGCCAUCAGACCCUGUCCGCGAGAGUGCAUAGCUUUAAAUAAGACGAACUCAUGUGCAUGCUUAAUGGAAGUUAUGCUUCUUUAUUACAAGUCGUUCUGAGUUUCAAGACAAGUCUUGUCCUGCAAUAUUACUUCCAGGAACUGAUUUAUGUAGAUUCCACGAUUUGUAUUUCUUGUGCCACAACAAAGAUAAACCAACAAAAUCUCAUUGUUGUAUCCACCAAUUCAUCCAUACCCCAUCAAAUGUUGCUUUUUGAGCA